AUGGAAACCGUGGUGGAACUCGAACAACAACGCGUCUGUCGUGUGAUGAGCGCCAGAAAGGGACGAUUUACGGUGGAAAAUCUGAAUCACGUACGCUGUGCUCUCAUCUCAGAUAACGAAAAUCUUGGUCUUUUGGACAAGGCUACCACGUCAGCCCAUUACGAUCAAGCCUCCAAAGCGUUCCCGUCUUCUUCUCUCUAA